AUUUUAUAUAAUUUAUAAUUUUAUAUAAUUUAUAAUUUGAAAUGUAGUCUGGAUUAUUUAUUUUAUAGAUUAAUUUUAGCAAAUUUAAAAUGAAAUUAAAAUAAUUUAAGUUUAAAUGUUGGAUUACACAUCUCCACGGAAUUCAACCCAUUUACCCUCUGAUUCCGCCUACACUCAAGCUGAAGCUGUAAAAUCAGACCACGGCCGUCACCAGUCAUUCACAUGGCACAACGCAGUUGGCAAAAACAACGAACUCGUCUCAAUCUUUAAAAUCUCCCUAAAAACCAAAGAUUACGAAAUUGUAACACCGUAUGAUGUUGAUUUGGCGAAACAUCAUGUUAAGCACAUUAAAACUGUUCGGCAUCCGUUUAUUCUCAAGGUUCUAGACUCCUACGAGUCAGAUUCCGCAAUUUGUAUCAUUACUGAGCGAUGUUACCCGUUUGACAGCAAGUAUUUAUCAUCAGAUCCCACGCUUGGGAUUAGCCAAGUCUGUUCAGCCUUAAACUUUUUACACAAAAAGUGUAACUUAGUUUACUCAAUGGUGAAUCCAUACGGAAUUGGCGUCAAAGAAGAUGGCUCCUGGUGCUUGUACAACUUUGAACUCGUUUCUGACAUUGAUAAAACACUAAGUCAACAUCAAAAUGUCGUCAAAAACCACAUCUCAUUCAACGACGGAUGGAAACCAAACAUACACAACCUCAAUCUCAACUCCGUUCAUUUCGAUAAUUGGCAGCUUGGAGCGUUUAUAUGUUGGGUUUAUGCGUUGAUUUCAGAUAAUGAGGAGCGUUGUAAUAUUAAGAGAUACGGCUUUGACUUCAACUCCUUCAAGCUCAUUGUUCCCAAACUCCUUCACAACUUCCUAAACGAACUGUUUGGCGAGUCUGAGGUGGAUUUGGAACGGGUACUGAAGACCGAUGCUUAUUUUAAGGAUAACAUAACCUUUAACACCAUCACUUUUAUCUCAGAAUUGCACAUUAAGAGCCAAUUUGAAAUUGAAGAAUUUUUCACAAAACUACCCGAAAAUAUUAAUAAAAUCCCCGUACUCAUUAGGUGUAAGCAGUUAUUGCCUGAGAUAUUGAGGAGUAUAAACUUGUGUAAGAACUUUUUGCCGAUGAUUCUCGACUGUGUGAUUAUGAUUUGUAAAUCGAUAGUGCUGCAGGACUUUAGAAAACACGUUUACCCCUCGAUUCUGGAACUUUUCAAGGACAGCGAUAAGUCGAUAAGGUUCUGUCUCCUCAAGAGGAUGAAUGAGCUGGACGAGUUACUUGACGAGACCCAAGUGUCCCAGGACAUGUUUGAGUAUUUUUACGUCGGUUUCACGGAUCCGUCUCCUCAAAUCAGGGGUGAAACUAUAAAAUCACUUUCAUACCUUAUAAGGAAGAUAAAUUCUAAGCAGAAGGCGAGUUGUACAUAUUCACUUCUUAAGUGUGUUUCCGACUCUGAGCCUACAAUCAGAGCUAAUUCCAUAAUCUGCUUCGCCAAGAUUAUACCCUUCAUUGAGCCCGAGCUGGUUUCCAAAGUUCUACCUCAAGUUUGGCGAAAUGGACUCCAUGACACUUUUCUAAAGUCAAAAACCGCGUCUCUCGAGUCAAUUUCCGCGUCACACAUUUUUCUUACGCCUGAGGAUAAAGCGUUUUAUCUCAUUCCAAUGGUUUCUGAGACGCUCUUGGAUUCCGACGUUAAGGUCAGGAGACUCGCCUUUGACACAAUUUCAAAGCUCUUAGACUCCUUAAAACCGUUUGCAGUCCCGGAAAGCAUCGAGAAAUCCAGCGGAGAAAAGAGCUGGUGA